CACGGAAGGGAAAUAUACCAGUCCAGACGUCACGGUGGGGGUGGCGUUUACUCAUAACCUAUAAAAGAGAAAAUGUCUUUCUGACUAAAGACCUCUUCCACUGAAAAACGUUCAAGGACGUCACACCAUUUAUCAGCUGAGACAAAGAUCGAAUCCUUUAACAUUUUAUUUAACGCUUAAGUUAAAAAAAAAUGUCGGUGAUCCUUACACGACAAAGUAACCAGGACCGCUUUUGUGGUGGAAGUACAAAGGCGGACGAGGACGAGAUGCCCCGCGACUCGCUGUGUACAGGGAAACGAAAGAGAUCUGUUGGUAACUGCGCAGCUGGAGACACAGACGAGUUCUGCCAUAUAAACCUGGAACAAGUCAAAAGUCACCAGAGAAGCAAGACGGGGAAUCAACAAUCAUUGAAACCAGAUUUCCCACUACUAGAUGGUAAAACAGUUACCGAACUUAGGCAUCAGAAGUUCACUCUUCCAUCAAAUGCAACACUGACAGUCGGGCACCUUGAGGACACAGAGUACGUCGACUUUCCUACUGACGUGAACGGAUGGGGAAAAUUCUUCCUCCCCAAAACAGUGCAGAUGCAGGUUAUAGGUUAUGUGAAGGGCACCCGGUAUCCAUGUGGCCAGCUUGUUCUGAUGACGUGUGAGGACAAGCAGAUCUAUGCCUAUGAUGAGAAGGAGCUGCAUUUGGUGGCCACCAGCUGGGAGAGUCUGCGUGAGAAGGGAGUAGCCUAUCCAGCACUCAAGAGUUACUACUCAGGGGAGGCCUUCAAGGAUAUGACCAGGGAGGACUGGGACGAAAUCAGGAGAGGUCCUGUGGGGAAGAAAUUAGAUGAGAAGCAUCACAAGUUCCUAGCAGCACGUAAAUCCGCAUUUUUGGAGAAUCUCAGGAUCAGCAGAGAAAGAAAGAAGUGUCAUCAGGAGAAUGGCAGUUCCCUCUGAUCAUAUCCUAAAUCAGUUUGUGCCAACAGGUGGUACCUAAUCAUGGGGAUUACUGCUUUGAGAUUAAAGGAAUAUUUUUAAAUAUACACAGCAUGUAUGCAUGGAACGACGGUCUGAUUUAGUGGUUAUUUGAGCAAAAAUGUUUGGUAGUUGAUGUAAUGACAGAGUACUGUACCUGUACCUGUACUGUUCUGUUUGUUUACAGCUGAAUUUAAAUGUAAACAAUGUUAAUUUCAGUACUAAUCUCUAACCCUAGAUCCAGUUUUCUUUAUCAUGCCACUGCACUAUAACCUUGAAGUGCCUUGUUGCUGAAAUGUACUACUAAGGGUGUCAAAUUAGCGCUUUAAUUGCAAUUGGUUAAUUACAGGCCUAUUUAGCCUGUUAUUUUUUUUAAUCGCUUAAAGCAGCACUAUGUAACUUUUCCACCUUAAUAUAAUAUUUCCAGAGUCAUUGUGAUGGUACAUCAACUUACAAAGCAGGUUCAACAAACUCUGAGUCUAAUCCUGAAUUCUUAGUUGAUCUACUCUGAGAUCGGAAACUCUGAGUUUUCGGUUCCAGAACAGCGGAUUUGAGUUAAUUUACUCAACUCUAAGUAGUUUCACCUGGAGUUAAGCGCAUGCAGCACAACUAUAAAAAGCCAGCAUCAAUGGAGCCCUGAUACAACGAUUCACCGUGGCAACCGGCGACAACAAAAGAUCCACAUACUUUUUCUUUUUUUUUUUAACUUUAUUUAACAUUUCAAUUUACAAAAUCCCUUUGAGGAAACAUUAAUUUGCAUCUGAAGAUCCACAUACUUCACGCCGUGUCCUUUUUCACCUGAAUGGAAUUAGAGAUUUUAAUGCGCACAUACGGCGAAUUUGUACAUGUUUUUCGAAAAAAGAGUAACAACACAGAAUAUAAUAUAAAAUUAAUUUAACAGAUCUCUACAUCAUUCACCUGUAAUCCUGUGGAACUCCUCCUUGAUGGCUUGGACAGGUUUAUGUAGGUUUGCCACCCGUCCCUUGAAAUACGGAAUUGUUCUGUAAUUGGGAAUUAAAAGUUGCGUUCCGUAUUGAACCAAUACAGACACAUAUUAUGCUCUUAUUUAUUUAUGUAAUAAUAUACAGGUGGAGGUUGGAAAAUUUGAAUAUAUUGCAAAACUUCAUUCGUAGUAAAUUCAACUUACGGUGAAACAAAUAUUAUUUCCCACUACAUGCAAAGUGUGAUAUUUCAAGCCUUUAUUUGUUAUAAUUUUGAUGAUUAUGGCUCACAGUUUAUGAAAACGCCAAAUAAAAAAUCUAAAAUUUUUUUUAUAUAUUAUGAAAUCAUUAAACAAUUAAAUCAUCAAAAUCAUAACAAAUAAAGGAUUAACAUAUAUUGCUUUGCCUGUAAUGAGACUAUGUAGGCUACUGUAAUAUACAUGUAUUACGCGGUCUGAUAACAAUCUCCCGACGAAUAUUUAAUUCUCUGCGCAUUAAUGCUGCACCUUCAUCAAUUGGGUCUUCAUCAAAAGGACAUGCCAUGUUCGUGACAAUGGACUUCUAAUAUAUAUACUGACUCUGUUUUUAAUGACAGACGCCAGAACUUCACCAAAACUCGCCUGCUGACUGAAUGAAUGAGGAAAUCAAAUGUGCGUGCGGCUCUGAAAGAGGGCGGAGACGCAGAGAAACUCCAGGUUUCACGAUAUAAACCUGGUCCCGACCAGGUUAGGUUCAGAGCGUCUGUUACUACGGUAACUGACCGAGAGCUUAAGUUACCUCUCUUUGUGAAACAGGCUAGAGUUACCUCUCUUUCUCUGGUUUGAGUUACCUCCCUUUGUGAAACGGAAAACUCAGAGUUUCCCUCAUUUCAGGGUUAACAGACUCAGAGUUUUCACUAAACCUGCUUUGUGAAACGGACCCCUGGUCUGAGGGGUCUGUAUUGCCUUCACUGGCACUAUGUAACUUUGAGGUGGAUGGUAGGAACCCUUCCACACUAAAAAACUACACAUUUUUAUGACUUUGACUGCUUUACGGCAUACGUCACUUCCCCCUCCUUCCCCGAUUCGUAGUCGAGACGAAAAUGGGCGGGGCUUGGAGCACAGAGCUCAGCAGAAGCUGGUAUCAUGGCCGAAGCAGCGAAAAAAACGAAGAAAAUAAAAGUUUUAUCGGUGGAGGCGAAAAAAGAAAGCGGGAGAGUAACAAGCUAAAUGCCUGGACAAAAAAAAAAAAACAACAAGAAUAAACAUUGGCCCGGCGUUCACUCGCUGUCGUGAGCUGAAAGACGAGGAGGGAUGUCCGACAAGAGAGACAGGAUUGUUAUGAUACAAAUGUAAAUGUAGAGUUCUAUGUUCAAUAAGAAUCAAAAUUAGAAUGUUUUCACAUACAGGGGAUUCGUCUUGGGUUCUAGUAUUUUUCCUGAGAACUGUAAAAUUGUGCAGGGCUGAUCUGCAAAAUAUAAGGAAUGAGCAUUCAGUUAUUCACAGGUUAUAAAGUAUUUUUUUAUUUUGUCAGUAAGUAUGUUGGACUACUAAUUUAUGACGAAGUCCCUCUAAAAAACGUGACAGGAAAAUGGUACAGUUGAACAAAACCAGAGCGUUUGUAGUUUGGGGCGCAUUAUCUCGCUGAAACCGGACGGGGGUCCGGGGGUGACUUCACUAAUAAAACCAAAUUGAACUUAGUGAUUUGAUUUUAGUGAUUUGUUUAUUGUUUAUUUGUUUAUUGUUUAUUUUUUAAUACCAAAGAGUAAAAUUACCGGAGUCAAAUUCCUUGUUGGACAAUGUUCGAACCUGGCCAAUAAAGCUGAUUCUGAUUCUGAUUCAACAUCGUCAUAUUAUAUUGUUUAGCCAAAAAUAGAUACAUUACCUCUUCGCUAUCCAUCCUGCAAACAACCGCUGAAAACAGAAAAGUCUGUCCCGCUCAUUCACUAUCAAAACAAAUGCACGCGACAGGGACAGGAUCUUUCCGGCAGUAGGCGCUGGUGCUCAUGGGAAAUGUAGUGUUCUUUCUGGUAAAGCACUACCGCUUUUGUCCAAAGGAGUCGCCAUACUCAACAAAAGCUGAAAGUUACAUUGUGCUGCUUUAAUGUAUUUUUUAAUCUCGAACUUUUCUUUUUCUGUUUGAGAGUUGCCUUUAUUAUGAAAUCGGUGUUUGUGGGGUGGGCUUCUUGUGCUUGAGUUGUGGGCGGAAAAACAAUGGUCAGUCCCACCUUGAAGUGGACAUUGAUUGGUUGUCCCGACGGCACCAUUGAUAAAGGUAGAGUGAUAUGUGUCUUUGUGGAAAGGACUGGAAAGGACUGUUCAACACGAAGCAGCUCAAGUUUAGCCACAUAAACGCAGAGCACUCGGGUCGCGAGCGCAGCCACAGUUAACGUUAGCAGCAACGAUGUUGCCACAGCAACUAUGUUAACACAGCAACGCUCUUCCCCAAACUAAACUCGAGAGCACCGCGCGCAUGCGCACGUCUGCAACCGAGAGGCUGGCGAAUGUUCUUGCCAAGUGGACGUAAAUGGCUAGGACUGCAUCUGUUCAAAUCUGUUAAAAAAAAAAAAAAAUUACUUUUGUUGUUAUAUAUCAGUCUUUUGAUCUGCCACUAUAAUGUAAUGAAUUCAAAAGAAAACACCUCAAGUUGAGGGCUUUUCUCAGCAAUUUUUAGGUGAGAUUAAAAAGCGAUUUAUUAGAUUAAUUAAUUAAUCAUAUUUUUUGAAUCGGUUGACAGCAAUAUGUACUACACAAAUAAAAUAAAAUGCUCUAUAAACUGCAUAUUUAAGAUUAAUAUGUGAUUGUAGGGAGUAUAGAUAGGAAGUCGUUUUGUUGGGAUAUGUAUGAUAAGUUCAGAGGGUGUUGUGCUGAAUUUGCUAUUCAACGCAUUAUGUGGGUUUGGGGUUUGGUAUGGGAUGGGACUAUCUAAUGGGGUGAUAGCUGACAAAUCGAUGUGUGUUUUAUCCUUUUUUUUGUUUUACCUCCCCCCCUUUUUUUUCUUUCCCCUUUUUUUCUCUCCUUUUCCCCUUUUUUUUCUUUCUUGGAGCUACUCACUUUAUUCUCUCUGUGCGAGUAAUUUAGAUGAAGGGCCAUCUCAAUUUUAUUAGCUGGAACGUUAAGGGGUUAAACCACCCAGUGAAAAGAAACAAAGUCCUCAUGCAUCUGAAGCAGCUCAGUGCUGGGGUAGCCUUUCUCCAGGAAACUCACUUGCAUGACUCCGAUCACUGGCGAUUAAGUAAACGCUGGGCAGGACAGUUUUUUCACUCAAAUUUCAAGGGUAAGGCCAGAGGAGUGGCUAUCCUCGUUGGAGGUGACAUUCCUUUUGAGCCCUCCAACAUUAUAGCAGACAAAUUUGGUCGUUAUAUUAUCGUUUCAGGUAAACUUUACAAUAAGUCGGUGAUUUUGGCUAAUGUCUAUGCGCCUUAUGUUGAUGAUGUACAGUUUUUCAACAGGUUUUUCUCUUAACUUCCUUGAUUUACAUUCUCAUUCUCUAAUUCUCGGAGGGGAUUUUAACUGUUACCUGGAUCCGGUGUUAGAUCGCUCCUCCCCUAAACCUACCACUCUUAGCAAGUCUGCCAGUUAUGUCAAGUCAUUCCUCGCCGAUUUUAGCCUCUCGGACCCCUGGCGGUUCUUAUACCCCACAGGAAGAGAAUACUCUUUUUUUCUCCCAUGUUCACCGCACAUAUACUCAAAUUGACUAUUUCUUCUUAGACAAUAACUUAAUCUUGAAUCUCAAAUCAUGUAGCUAUGAAGCUAUCAUUAUUUCCGAUCACGCUCCCUUGGUUCGUGUACUGGCUUUUCCUGAGGCCGAGUAUACAAGGAGACACUGGAGAUUAGAUCUGCUGUUGCUUAUCGACGAGAGCUUUCACACACAUAUUUCUACACAUAUUAAAACAUUUUUAAACAUUAACAAAACACCAGAUGUGUCCAAUAAAACGGUUUGGGAGGCAAUGCAAGCCUAUUUAAGAGGGGAAAUCAUAUCAUUUGCAGCAUAUAGAAAGAGGUGUUCAAGGCAGAAACAGACUGACAUAGCUAACUGGAUUUUAAAUAUAGAUAGACAGUAUUCAAAUUCACCCUCUCCUGAAUUGUACAAGGAACGCUUGAGACUUCAGACGGAAUUUAAUCUUCUUACUUCUCACUUAGUCGAAAGACAGUUACUUAGGACUAAAAGCUACUUUUAUGAACAUGGUGAAAAAACAGGCAAACUCCUGGCCAAUCAACUGCGUGGGUUGAGAGCGAAGCAACUUAUUGCUGGUGUUCGGACGGAUAAGGGAGGUGUAACUUCCGACCAGAAACUGAUCAACGACAAGUUUAGAACCUUCUACUCCAAUUUAUACACUUCGGAUUGCACAACAGAUUUAAAUGUCAUGGAAAACUUUUUUAAUAGCCUUGAUUUACCAUCGCUUUCUCAAGAUCAGAAGAAUAAUCUCGAUGCCCCCAUUACUCAGGAGGAAAUUUCAGCUGCAAUUUAAUCUAUGCAGUCGGGUAAAUCACCCGGACCUGAUGGGCUUUCUUCAGAUUUUUUCAAAAAAAUUUCUGUUGAAUUGUCCCCUUUUCUAUGCUGGUGCUCUCUGACACCUUUAACUCAGGUGCUCUUCCUCCUUCAUUUAACCAAGCUUGCAUUUCACUGUUGCUGAAAAAAGGUAAAGACCCACUAGAGUGUGCCUCGUAUAGACCAAUAUCACUACUUAACACAGAUGUAAAGAUCCUGGCCAAGGUCUUGGCCCACAGAUUAGAAGAUAUUCUUCCUUCUGUAAUAUCCCCUGAUCAAACCGGAUUCAUGAAAGGACGCCACUCAUUCUACAAUAUCCGUCGACUAUUCAACAUUUUAUAUUCCACAAAACAUACAGACCCAGAGUGCCUCGCCUCUAUGGAUGCCGAGAAGGCAUUUGAUAGAGUUGAGUGGAAUUACUUAUUCACGACACUUAGGAAAUUUGGUUUUGGUCCGGCCUUCUCUUUUUGGAUUAAAAUACUGUACUCGUGUCCUCCUGCUUUUGUUUUGACCAAUAGCCACUCCUCAGAAUUUUUUAAUUUACAUCGUGGAACCCGACAGGGGUGCCCACUAAGCCUUCUCCUUUUCGCGCUUGCUAUCGAGCCUCUUGCGAUCGCCUUGCGUGGCAACAGGAAGAUACGAGGGAUAUGGAGGGCAGGAGUUGAGCACAAGGUCUCGUUGUAUGCGGACGACUUACUUUUGUUUGUCUCAAAGCCUGCCUCCUCUCUACAAGAGGCCCUCUCUGUGUUGGAGCUUUUUAGUCAGUUUUCAGGAUAUAAACUAAAUUUAAAUAAAAGCGAACUAUUCCCUAUUAAUAAAAGAGCCCUCAAACUUAAUUUUGCAGAUUUCCCAUUGAAGGUGGUGAAAGAUCACUUCAACUAUCUUGGAAUAUGUGUAACUAGAGACCUUAAAGAUUUAUUUAAAUCAAAUUUUCUCACUCUAUUAAAUCAGGCGGAAAACACUAUCUAAAUGGUCUCCUUUGUCUUUGUCUAUGAUUGGAAGAAUAAAUUCAAUUAAAAUGAAGUUGCUUCCAAAGUUCUUGUAUCUAUUUCAGUGUCUCCCGAUUCUCGUCCCAAAAUCUUUUUUUACGGCCCUUGAUUCUUUAUUAACGUCCUAUAUUUGGAAUGGUAAACGCCCACGGUUACGGAAGGCUUUUCUCCAAAGACCUAAGCAGGUGGGAGGAAUGGCUCUGCCUAAUUUCCAGUAUUAUUACUGGGCAGCGAAUAUUCAAUGCUUGAUGUACUGGAUGCAUUUCCAUCUUGAACCCUCUCGCCCUCCUUGGGUGUCAAUGGAGAUGUGCGCAAGUAGUCCUGUUUCCUUGCCUGCUCUUUUGGGCGCUGCACUUCCACUUGCUUCAAGUAUCCCGAAGGGUAAUCCAGUGGUUAGACCAUCCUUGCUAAUUUGGGCCCAAUUUAGGAGAAGUUUUGGACUGCAGUUAUUCUCACUUCGAAGUCCAAUUGCGGCCAACCAUUUAUUUGUCCCUUGUAUGGUUGAUAGCACAUUUAAAAUCUGGCACAAGAAAGGUUUGAGAUGCUUCGAAGACCUUUAUUCUGGUAAUCAUUUUACUUGUUUUUCUCAACUGACAGAAGACUUUGGUAUUGCCAAAACCCAUUUUUUUUAGAUUUUUACAAGUUAGGAAUUACAUACAGGGUGUUACACCUCAGUUCCCUCUGAAGCCUCAAGUCAAUCCUCUUGAUAUUUUUCUCUCUUUUAACCCCACAGCUAAAGGUACCAUAUCUAACCUAUACAACCUUAUUUCCAAACUACACUGCUCGUCAAUGACGGUUAUAAAAACGACUUGGGAACAAGACCUGAAUUACACUUUUACUGAUGAUAUAUGGGACUCAGUACUUGAUCGGAUUCACUCUUCGUCCUUGUGUUCCCGACACGCACUUUUGCAAUUCAAAGUAGUGCAUCGCACCCAUAUAUCAAAAACUAAACUGGCUCGAAUGUAUCCUGAAGUUGAUCCCACUUGUGACAAAUGUAAAAAUGAACCUGCUUCACUUUAUCAUAUGUAUUUGUCGUGUCCCUCUUUAGGUAACUUUUGGACCUCAGUUUUCCAGAUAAUGUCAGAGACCAUUUGUCACCAAAUUGAGCCAAAUCCUCUGCCUGCCAUUUUUGGAAUUGCUCCAGACUUGGAUUUGCCCAAAGCUAAACUCAGGGUUCUGGCUUUUGCUUCCUUAUUUGCUCGAGGUAUCACACUUAAAUGGAAGGAGUCUACACCUCCUUCUGUCUCACAUUGGCUCAAAGAAAUAAUGCUAUGCAUGAAUCUGGAGAAGAUUAGAUAUACUAUCCGAGGUUCAGAGAAUACAUUUUACAGAUUGUGGCGCCCCUUCUUGGCAUUUUUUGAGAAACCCACAACGGUAGUCUCGGAGUAGCUUCAACCCCCCCCUCCCUUUUUUUUAUUUAUUUAUUACUUUUUUUAUGCACUUUUUCUAACUCAUUCAAUUGUCUGUAACUUUGCUAUGCUUGAUUCUUAUAUAUUCAUAAUGCUGUGUUUAUUUCUUUUGGUCAGCUGGUGUUGUUUGUCCAUGUUUGGGCAACAAGGUGUGUUGUGGUCUGGGUGGGGACUGAUAAAGGGGGAAAAAAAAGAAAAAAAUCUUCCUCCUGUAAAGUUAAUGUUUUAUUCUUGACUUUUCGUUAAUAAAAAGACCUUUGAAAGAAAGA